AUGAUGAAGGACUAUUAUAAAAUCCUCGGAAUCGAUCGAAAUGCGUCCGAUCAAGAUAUUAAGAAAGCCUAUAGGAAAAUGGCCCUCAAAUAUCAUCCAGACAAGAAUCAAAGUGCGGAAGCCGAGGCAAAAUUCAAGGAAAUCAGCGAAGCCUACGUUGUUCUCUCCGAUACGAAGCAUCGAACACUUUUCGAUACGUCCGACAGCGGCGGCUCAAACUAUUUCGCAUUUAACAUCAAUAUCGACGCGAAUGAGAUUUUCAAUAAGUUCUUCAAGGAGAGCGAACAAUUCGCCGAGGAGAACAAAAUGUUCAAUGUGAUUGGAAUGGACAUUUUAAAAAAGCCUCGAAUCCCAAAAGAUCCGCUUAUCAUGCGAGUUGUUGAAGUGACACUCGAGGACAUUCUGAAUGGUGCUGAAAAGACGAUCGAGCUGAAAAAAAAAACGUAUGAAAAAGAGGAGACAAAAUCGCUAGCGAUUCAAAUCAAAAAAGGUUGGAAAGACGGCACCAAAAUCACAUUUAAAGAAGGCGGCAUUCCGAGUCGAAAUCGGACACCGGCUGAUGUUGUAGCAUUAAUUAGAGUGAAACCCCAUGAGCAUUUCGAGCGCGACGGAAAUAAUCUACAUUACAAACUCAAUAUAACCGAGCAGGAUCUUAAAAAUUCUGAAUUCAAAAUUCCAACCCUAGAUGGAACCGUUUUGACAGUUUCGGCAAAUGAUAAAGGAGACGACGGAAAAAUAGUGCUCAGUGCAAUUCAAUCAUAUCUUGAAGGGGAGUGA